CCGCAACGACGCACCGAUAUGACCAGCAAAGGAUCACAGCAGUCCACCGGUACCCGAGUAGGGAGAAGAGUUAGGAGCCUAACACCAUGGACACACCCACAAAAUUAUUCCCAUCAUUCCCAUGUGUUGGGGGGGGAAAAGGCGGAACGGUAGAUCCCACGACAUUGUACUCGAGUGCUUUUUUGGAUGAUGGACCCAUCCACCACGAUGGCAAUUGUGCCGGUACGGUACAGUCUCUCAUUGGGCCAGAGCUUCACCCAGAACUGCAAUACUCAACCCACAAGUAGGCUCCGCAGCUUGGUACAAGUACAGCGUGGUUGGGUUUCACAGUUGUGCACGUAUCCGUAGAUGCGUUUUUUCUGCUUUGAAUUCCCACCACCUUUAUUACCUCUUAUCCUCCCCUCCGUCCCUCCACACCCUUCGACCUUUCGUCAACUGUUUUGUUUUUACUUCCAAAAAGGCUAGUGAUAUGGAGUCUCCACGAGGUUCAUGUCCAAGUGGAUAUAAUUGGUACGUAUGUGCGCUGUCCACGUACAAUGGUUGCUGUCGGAUAGACCCCUGCUCGCUUCCACAAGGUUGCCCGCCGGAUGCUCAGUUCUCCUCAACCUUGCCUGGCGGUACCGGUACCAUCCCCAGUCCCAAUCCGGGAACUUCAGCAACAAGGUCCCCUUCAGCAACAGUGAAAACGUCUUCUACAUCGCCUGUAUCCCCUACAGUCCCACCUGUUUCUGGUUUGGAUCCCACCUCCAGUUCACCGGUACACACUUCCACCCCCGCGUUUUCAACCUCUGGGACUGCCUCUUCCGCUUUGCCCACCAGCGCCGGUUCGAACUCCGGCGGGAACUCCAAAGACACAAACCCAGUCCCACAGGCAGUCAUCGUCGGGGCGACAAUCGGCGGGGUUCUCAUUAUCCUAAUAAUAAUCCUGAUCAUAAUGCUCUGCCGCCGCCGCCGAGAGAGCAAAAAUUCCGCGAAUGACCUCCCAAAUUACGACAGCGAACCCUCCCCCGGUGAUGGUGCUGUCAGAGGUAUCUCAAACCCCGCCCCAAGCCCGACCCUUAACUCCCCCCCGCUAACGGAAAGCCAUUAUAGCGGAGCGCAAUGGCUUCUUAGCCCUCUUCACACGAACCCGCCCGAUGUCCGCCGCCAAAGCUAUAACAAUGCCAACUGA